AUGAACGCCGACGAACAAGACACAUUUACCUCGGUCACCUGGGAGAACCGUGAUUCUGCCACAUCCAACUCUCAACCCGUGUUCUCCACCACUCCUUCCUUCACCUCCUCUUCCAACCCCAAUGCGAUCGCUGGCCCCUCUUCAUCCUCCUCCUCCUCCGCCGCCUCCUCCAAUCCGCUCGCACGCAAUGUCAACUCUUCCUCCGAUGAUCCCACCUCUCUAGCCUGGGCGGGAUAUUUGAUGGUCCAAGUCACAGAACCACGUAAAGAACUCGAAGGUCAAAAAGACUCGUUCAUCUCCUACGGCAUUCGAGCAGAAACCAACCUCGCGCACUUCUCUCGUACUCACAUGUCCACCCGUCGACGGUUCAACGAUUUUACUUUCCUCCGUGAAGGUCUAAAACGUGAUUUCCCCGCUUGCGUUGUCGCUCCACUCCCCGACAAACAUCGGCUGGAGUACCUAACAGGUGACCGUUUCAGCGCUGAAUUCAUCGGCAAGAGACAACAAGAUCUCCAGCUCUUCCUCGAGAGGAUCUGUAGACAUCCCACACUGCAAAGGAGUCAGUUGUUGUGCAAGUUUUUGGAAAGUUCAGAAUGGCAAGUUGACAUGCAUGCCCACACAGCACAGCACAGUUCAAGCAGUACAGCAACAGGCGCAUCGGCUUUGAUUUCGGGUAGUCAGGUGGAAAAUGCAGGUCCUCCUAGUCUGUUGGAUAGUCUAAGCGAUCAUUUCUUAAACGCAUUUUCCAAGGUGCGGAAACCCGAUGAAAGGUUUGAAGAGAUAAGAGAGAGUAUCGAUAAAUUGGAAGAAAGUUUGGCUGGCACGGAGAGGGUGUUGAGUCGGAAUAGGAAUCGCAUUGCAGAUCUUUCAACCGAUUACGAGGAUUUCGCAACUAGUAUCGAAGGUCUGGGAUAUUUGGAAAGUGGAAUCACGGAACCUUUGAAUAAGUUCGCUAAUGCUAUGUUGGAGUUUGCCAGGUUGGAGAGAGUUACCUCGGCGAAAUCAACAGACGCAACGCUAGCGCAAAUGCAAGCUCUGCUUGCAUACUCUCGCUCACAUAAAUCCGUGCUUAAACUUCGAGACGCUAAACAGGUCGAUUUUGAGGAACUCACAGACUAUCUCUCUGGUGUUGUUUCCGAGCGGGACCGUCUCGCUUCUCUUUCCUCGCCCUAUGGUGCUGGCCAUGGCCAUGGCGGGGUCCGCGGUGCCGGUAUAUCCGGAUAUUUGAAGGAUAAAGUCGACCAUCUCCGAGGUGUCGACGAAGAAAGAACGAGGGUAGGUCGGAUGCAGAGGUUGGAUCGCAAGAUAAACGAGCUUCAGGAUGCUGUUACCAGUGCACACGAUACGAGUCAGGCAUUCAGUAGCGAAGUCAUGCGGGAACAUAGCUUUUUUCAUCUAGCAAAACAACAGGAGCUCAAAGAUAUACUCGCUACUCAUGCAGAUGGACAGAUAGAGCUCUAUGCAGCAUUGGUCAGCCUGUUUGAUCGUUUGCUUCCUCAGUUGGAGCGCAUUAGAGUUGCAUGA